AUGAAGGCAGAGAUCGAAUCUAUCAUCAAAAACAAGAUCUGGAAGCUCGUCAAGAAGCCGGCAGGUGUGAAACCGAUAGGUUUGAAGUGUAUCUAUAAGAUCAAGAGGAAUGGAGAUGGAACGGUGAUCAAAUACAAAGCAAGGCUAGUCGCAAAAGGCUACGUGCAACAACAAGGCAUAGACUUCGACGAAGUGUUUGCACCAGUUGCUCUAAGAGCUUGGAACAUCAAACUCGACCGGACUUCACUCAACGGUAUCAAGCAAUUCAAAGAUGAUAUGUCAAGAAGAUUUGAGAUGUCAGACCUCGAGAUGCUUACAUACUAUCUUGGUAUAGAAGUAACGCAAGGAGCUGAUGGCAUUCACAUCAAACAAGAAGGAUACACGCAAGGUAUACUUGUCAAGACGAAGAUGGAGUCAUGUAACUAUACUCACGAUCUGAUGCACACGAGUUUGAAAGUAUCAAAGGCAGAGGAGGAGCCUGAGAUUGAUGCAACAUCGUAUCGAAGCAUCAUAGGAUGUUUAAGAUGCAACAUCGUAUCGAAGAAAUGCGAUGCACCUAUUAACGGUCUAUGGAAGUUCAUCGGAGUUCAGAAGAUCAACAUACCCAAGAUUCGAGUUGGAAUUAAAGGGGAGAAUGUUGGAUAA